UAUACUCAGUUUGGAGCGGCGUCGAAAAGCGAGCGGUUGUGCAUAUUUAGCCCAACAGCCAGUUGAGGAGCAGCAGCACCAAAUUUAGAAUUUGAAUACAUUUGUGUGAGGCGAUUGUGUGUGUGUUUGCGUCGAAGCAUGUAUCACCUGAAGAGUUUGGCCCGCCAGGGCGCCAUGCGUCAGCAGGAGUUGACCGCAUUGGCCAAAGCUUUGCCCACAGCUGUGCUCCAGACGCGCAACUACCAGAUUCCCGAUCGCCUAAAGGAUGUGCCCACUGCCAAGGAUCCCCGUUUCUUUGAUAUGGUUGAGUACUUCUUCCACCGUGGUUGCCAAAUCUCCGAGGACCGCCUCAUCGAAGACAUGAAGGGCAAGAUGUCUCUGGACGAGAAGAAGAAGAAGGUUAAGGGUAUUCUCAUGCUUAUGCAACCCUGCGACCACAUCAUCGAGAUUGCAUUCCCAUUGCGUCGCGAUGCUGGCAACUACGAGAUGAUUACCGGCUACCGUGCCCAGCACAGCACACACAGGAUUCCCACCAAAGGAGGCAUCCGUUUCUCGUUGGAUGUGUCACGCGAUGAGGUGAAAGCCCUGUCCGCUUUGAUGACCUUCAAGUGCGCCUGCGUCGAUGUGCCAUUCGGCGGUGCCAAGGCCGGUCUGAAGAUCAACCCCAAGGAGUACUCCGAGCAUGAGUUGGAGAAAAUCACCCGUCGCUUCACCCUUGAGUUGGCCAAGAAGGGCUUCAUUGGCCCCGGCGUCGAUGUGCCCGCCCCCGAUAUGGGCACUGGCGAGCGUGAAAUGUCCUGGAUCGCUGAUACCUAUGCCAAGACCAUCGGCCAUUUGGACAUCAAUGCCCAUGCCUGUGUCACCGGCAAACCCAUCAACCAGGGCGGUAUUCACGGUCGUGUCUCGGCCACUGGUCGCGGUGUCUUCCACGGUCUGGAGAACUUCAUCAACGAGGCCAACUACAUGAGCAUGAUUGGCACCACUCCCGGCUGGGGUGGCAAGACCUUCAUUGUGCAGGGCUUCGGUAACGUUGGUCUGCACACCACCCGCUAUCUGACUCGUGCUGGAGCCACCUGCAUUGGUGUGAUUGAGCACGAUGGCACCCUCUUCAACCCCGAGGGUAUUGACCCCAAGCAGCUGGAGGACUACAAGAACGAGCACGGCACCGUUGUCGGCUAUCCCAAUGCCAAGCCUUAUGAGGGCGAGAACCUUAUGUUCGAGCAGUGCGACAUCUUCAUUCCUGCCGCCAUUGAGAAGGUCAUCAACAGCGAGAAUGCUCACAGAAUUCAAGCUAAAAUCAUUGCCGAGGCCGCCAACGGUCCCACAACACCCGCUGCCGACAAGAUUCUGAUUGAUCGCAACAUUUUGGUCAUUCCCGAUCUGUACAUCAAUGCUGGUGGUGUCACCGUCUCGUUCUUCGAGUGGCUCAAGAACCUCAACCACGUCUCAUACGGUCGUCUGACCUUCAAGUAUGAGCGCGAGUCCAACUAUCAUCUGCUCGACUCAGUCCAACAGUCAAUUGAAAGAAUUAUUAACGACGAAUCCGUGCAAGAAUCCUUGGAGCGUCGCUUUGGUCGCGUUGGUGGACGCAUUCCCGUUACACCCUCGGAAUCGUUCCAGAAGCGCAUCUCUGGCGCCUCCGAGAAGGACAUCGUGCACUCCGGUCUGGACUACACCAUGGAGCGUUCGGCUCGUGCCAUCAUGAAGACAGCCAUGAAAUACAACUUGGGUCUGGAUCUGAGAACCGCUGCCUAUGUGAACUCCAUUGAGAAGAUCUUCACCACAUACCGUGACGCUGGUUUGGCCUUCUAAGCGCAGCUAAUGCUGAACAACUUAACUAGUUUAUUAAACCACAAAAUCGAACUCAAAAAGCAAACGCAAAUAAGCAUUAUUGCAUCCCACACACGCGCACCUCCGGUUUUUUAGAGAGUCACAAACAAACAUAACUAAAAAUGAGAUGAAUUUUAAUUUAUAUAUGUCCACACAACAAUUUGUUCAACUUUUUAACUUUACUUUCUUGUGUGUGUCUUUUUCAUUGUAUUAAGUGAAAAGAGCGAGCUUGAAUUGCUUUCGCAAUGAUUAUUUUUUGUUGAUUUUCUCUAAGUUUUAAGUUAAAAAUGAAAAAAGAAUAAUUAAUGAGCGUAAAAGUGAAGCAAUUGCAUUUUUUCAAUUAUGUAUCGUAAUUAUACGAAACGCUCCGUUGCCGCAACUUUUAAAUGAAACUAAAUAUCAAAUAUACACAUUAAAAAUAACAAUAAAAAAAAAAACAAUUAAAACAUAAA